UGUAAAUGAUGGAGUUGAAGAGUCUGUAGAGGAAGGGCCUAAGAAGAUGAGUAAGAGUAAGCAGAGGAGACUACGUCAGAAGGAGAAGGAGAGGCUUCAUGGAGCGUCGAGGCGAGUCAAAGAGAAGGAAGACACCAAACUAGGGCAGGAGGGGUCUCAAGAGCCGUCCGAUGAUAAU